GUUGAGUUGAGUUGAGUCGCUAAGGAAAGAGAUGGGUGAAAGGGAGCUAAAAUCGGUAUUUACAGAAAUUAAAUCCCUUGGUAAAAAAAAAACAAACAGAAACACCUGUUUGUUUCCAUACACACCAGCACCAAACAAUGUCCCCACCACCGGUUCUGUUCAUCCUUCCUUUCCUCGUCCUCGUCCAAUCCAGCCGGCCGUCUCCGCCGCAGCUGAAAACAGACUUCUACGCGAAGACGUGCCCCCGCUUCGGCAAGAUCCUCCAAGAUGUGAUCACCGACAAGCAGAUGGCCGUCCCCUCGGCCGCGGCGGGCGUCCUUCGGCUGUUCUUCCACGACUGCGUGGUGGGCGGGUGCGACGCCUCCCUCCUCCUCAAGUCCCCCUCCUCCUCCCACUCCUCCGAGCGCGACCACGAAAUCAACCGCUCCCUCCCCGGCGACGCCUUCGACGUGGUCAUCCGCGCCAAGACCCGCCUGGAGCUGGAGUGCCCCGGCGUCGUCUCCUGCUCCGACAUCCUCGCCGAGGCCACCCGCGACCUCCUCACCAUGGUCGGCGGCCCCUUCUACCCCGUCCCCCUCGGCCGCCGCGACAGCCUCGCCGCCCACGCCGACGACGUCCAGGGCCACAUCGCCACCCCCACCAUGCCCCUCACUCAGAUCAUCGACAUCUUCGCCGCCAGGGGAUUCUCCGUCCAGGAGAUGGUCACCCUCUCCGGGGCCCACACCAUCGGCUUCUCCCACUGCACCGAGUUCGCCUCCCGCAUCUUCAACUUCAGCGCCACGCAGGACCACGACCCCUCCAUGAACCCUUCCUACGUCGAUGGCCUCCGCAAGCUCUGCGCCGGUUACAAGAAGGACCUCACUUUGGCCGCCUUCAACGACCCCAUGACGGCUGGCAAGUUCGACAAUGCCUAUUAUGUGAAUCUGCAGAAUGGGUUUGGUCUGCUGGCCAGCGAUCAGAUCAUGGCGUCCGAUCCACGGACCAAGCCCUUCGUUGAUAUGUACGCCAAGGAUGGGACCAAAUUCUUCAAGGAUUUCGCCAAGGCUAUGGAGAAAGUGGGCUUGCUAGAUGUCAAGACUGGGAAUCAAGGGGAGGUAAGGAAGAGGUGUGACACUCCAAAUUGAUUUUAUUUCAUUCAACUUUUAGGCUUCUUGUAGUAUUUUAAAUAUGUGUAUAAACAUGAUGAAAAAGGAAAA